GAAAUAUCAUCAGAAUCGUUAGACUUCUUUACUGCAACUUAUUUAUUAAGCAUUGUUACUCCUACUGUCCAUGGGUAUAUAUUUUAUCAUUCAAAACCUCUUACAAUAUUUGAAUCGAAAAUUUACGAAGUUAUGGUUGAAUUCAAGAAUGAACAAAAACGACAAGAAUUUCCCGAGAAAAAUCUAGAUACGAUUAAAGACUGCUUAACUCGCUGGUUGACUCCAGUAGUAAAAUGGGAGGUAGAACACACUUUGUUUUUGCUUGAUUAUUUAUAUGAUAAUAAGGAUAAGGUUUUACGACUCGAACGUCGCGGCUCUAUAGCUAAGGAAGUGAGAUCGACUCUCUGGCUUAAUGCUGCCUAUGCGUUACAC